CCAGCUGCUGCGUCAAUUCUCCAUUGUUUACCGCCGGUUCCAGUAAAUGUUCAUGUACAUGAAGUGUCGGUGGACAUUUUAAAUCCCGGAUGGAGAAAUGAGACGCUGGACGCAGCCGGUUUGCUCUGUGUGUGGAGAAUCCUGAGCUGCAUCACUAACUCUGGCACAGUCCUCCACACAGCCCUUCUCUCACAGAGGGGCAGGCUGCUGGUUUGGAGCUUCCCAACCCUUUUGUUGUUUUACUGCAUCCUGUGCACCGGCUGGCCAGUGAGUGAUUUAUACUUCAACUUCUCUCGGAAAAACAACAAACAAUAAUGGAAGACAAACGCAAGAAGCGCAGCCCAAAGGUGUCCCUCCCGCAGCCCCCUCCCCCCCCCAUCAACCCCCGCAAACUCACCGUGUUGCCCGCCAGCAAAAGUGCCACCUUCUCCCUCGGCCUGCCGCAGCCUCCCUCCCCCAAGAACAGAGGCAAGUACAAGAGGUCCAUUGGUGCGCCCGGCCAGCCCAAAGAGGUGUUCGCAGCCGUCGUAGCUCCACCAAAGACCACCAGGCCCCACAAAGAGAAGCCCAGGGCCCCACAGCCAGCAGGGCCCAGUAAAGUCGUCCAGUCUUCCCCCUUGCAGCACUCCUUCCUCACUGACGUCUCAGACGUGAGAGAGAUGGAGGGAGGCCUCCUCAAUCUCCUCAACGACUUCCACUCAGGCAAACUGCAGGCGUUCGGUAAGGUUUGCUCCUUUGAGCAGCUGGAGCAUGUGCGUGAGAUGCAGGAGAAGCUGGCGCGACUGCACUUCAGCCUCGACAGCCACGUGGAGGAGCUUUCAGAGGACCAGAGGAAGUGCGCCUCGGACCACAACCUGGAACACCUGCUCAGUAACCUGGAGGAGCUCAGCACCUCCAUACAAAAGCUCCACUUGGCCGAGAACCAGGACCUGCCCAAGACAUCUGGCCCCUGACAGGAGCGGAGGCGUGGAGGGCGGCGACAGCACACUCAUCGUCUCCCAGCAUCUAACCAUGGCCGGGUUGCCAUGGCGUUGAUCCAGCUGCCUUAGUAACAGAAUGGAAAGACCCACAGGAGGAGGAGGAGCCAUCUCCCGGCCCAUUUGGUCAGUGAAACCAAGGGAACGAUACAGUAGCUGAAAGCAGCAGAGCAUUAAAUAAACCAAAACAUCAUCCCCUCCUUCAUGAAUCGCUGAAUGAUCAGAGGGGGGACUUCACAGUGGAAGAAGAACAUGAACAUUUUCCAGCUAACAUCAGUUACUAGUUACAUCAUAUGGUAACAGCCGAAUCCAAGCGAGUGAAGUUGUUGCUUCCUUUUUCCUUUACAAAAAGCACAUUUUAUGAGAGUUGAAGACCUUAUACUGUGUCUCUUUAUUUCAUCAUAUGCCUGGAGUUUUGCUCAAUUUUAGAGCCAGUUCAGACCUGGUAUUCACAUCCGUCCUGAGGGAUCUGAUCACAGGUGGACAGAGUCAAGUUUGUCUGAUCACACCUGGUAUGAAAGUGUGUCCCCUGUGACCACUUGUGAUCAGAUCUCACUUCCCCGCUCUAGGCAUAAAUCACCCUUACGUCUUUUGUGUCUCUUUUUGUAUGUUUGAGUGAGAAACAUAGAAAUCGUGAUGGGGUAAGCAUUGUUGAUAUUGUGGCUACAGAAAAAUCAAGUUAUGGUCGGUGAGUAGACAAAAAAUUUGUUUGAUUUAUUGUGAUAGUGUAGCGGGUCAGUAGGUGGUGCUUCGUAUCAAAUAUAGAUUUGCGUUCACACAACGAAAAGAAAGGGGCUCAGACCACCUCAGAAUGGGGUCUUGAGGACACAUCUGGGUACGGUCACACCUCUUACCAUCAGAGCCCUCAGGACGGAUGUGAACACCAGGUCUGAACGGGGCCUUCGACGGAACUCGUCUGCCAGUAAAGGUGUGAAAUGUGAACCAUCCUUUCGUAUCGAGUAAAAAAUGUAUUCGGCCGUUUUUUGACAGAACCACUGUGGUUAACUCUAAAGUUUAGAGGAAGUUUUCACCUUUUGCUAUUAUUCUGGAUGCACUCUCUCAUUUUAUAUAUUUGCUAAAACGUUUAAUACCGACUGGAUUUCAACAAUAUCUGGACGAUCCUUUCUUGAAAAAAGGUGCAUUUUAAAAGGGACAGUGUGAGUAGACCUGUGUACAAAAUGUAUGUUUGAUUAACUUAUAUGUAAAUGUAUGUAAUAUAGUUGAUAAGGUUUCACCAAUGUGCAGUUCAGCUACUGUAUUUGCUUACACUGACGGUUUGAAAUAAUUGAAGUACGGCGAUUAUGUCAGUGCUUCUUUAGGAUUGCCAUUUUUUGUGAAUGACGGCCAGUAGCAGCGUCCCUGCAAGCACAAACUAGUCCCCACUGCUACUGAGAUGCUGUAAAAGCCACUUCUUGCAACCUGUAGAUCACAAAGAGAAUCUGCAGUUUGACACUGUGUUGGAUACCACAUCCACAGAGUAGUGCAGCUAGCAUAAGCCUUUGAGCAGAACUAUUUCAAAAUGGCAGCUACUUUCAUAGUUUUAAGAUUAAGGGGCUUUGAUUCAUUAAAUUCCAAACCUGGCAUCAAUGUAUCUUGGCUUUGAUAUAUAAUCCUUGACAAGACAUCUGCAGCAUGAUUUUAGUGUUUAAUCUGAAACAUUAUAGCAUGUCAAAGUGUUGGCACAUUUGUUAAUUAAAUCAUAAUCUAAGUCUUUUACACUGCUUGCUAAGCCUACCUCUUCUACAAGGCCAUAGAAUAUGUGAAACCUCUCGUUGGGUUUGUACAUCAAAGAUCCUUAAGCGAGCCUUUUUCUGUUGUUUCACAUUUAUUUAUUCAACCUUAGCUUUACACAUCAUGCCAUAUGAAUUGGACACAGUUAAAACAACCCCAAAACUUGUGUAUUAUGUGUGUCACCAACUGUAUCCAUGAAUAAAGGCA